AUGACAGCGCAAGAAGUCAUUCCGGCGAAGGGUGCAUUGGAGAACGACGUGAAGGUAUCAUCUCUUCACCAUGGCAAGAGUGGUUCAGACUCUGGCAGCCAGCGAAUCUCCUUGCCGGUGGAAGCAAAACCUGCAAGAACAUGGCGGUCCUACAUCUGGGACACGUUCGACAAGUCACCCGAAGAACGUCAAUUUCUCUUCAAGUUAGACGCCGUCAUUCUCACAUUUGCUUCUCUUGGCUACUUCAUCAAGUACCUCGACCAAAUCAACAUCCAGAAUGCCUUCGUUUCGGGCAUGAAGGAAGACCUGGGGCUUUACGGCAAUGAACUGAAUUACAUGACUACCUGCUGGACUGUUGGCUACGUUAUCGGAGAAAUUCCAAGUAACAUGCUGCUCACUCGGAUCAGACCGUCGAUCUGGAUACCCGCUUGUGAAGUGACAUGGUCUGUCCUCACGAUUCUGAUGACCAAAUGCACCUCCGCCAACCAGAUCUACGUCCUGCGUUUCUUCAUCGGCCUUGCCGAGAGUGGGUUUUACCCAGGAAUGCAGUACAUUAUCGGAAGCUGGUACCGCAAGGACGAGCUCGCCAAACGCUCGUGCAUCUUCCACUCGAGCAGUGGGAUCGGUACCAUGUUUUCGGGGUACCUCAUGGCAGCAGUCUACCCUCUAGAGGGCAAGGACGGUUUCCAUGGAUGGCAGUGGUUGUUUGUGGUCAACACCAUCAUAAGUCUACCAAUCGCGGUCGCCGGCUUUUUCUUCUUCCCCGAUGUCCCAGAAAUCACCCGCGCCUGGUGGCUGACCGCCGACGAGAUCAAGUUGGCAAAUAAGAGGAUGGCGCUGGAAGGACGGGCCAAACGAGGCAAAUACACCAAGGCGAAGUUUGCGAAGAUCUUCAGCUCCUGGCACAUCUAUGUCCUCACGUUGCUUUACAUUCUCUUCAACAACGGAACCGGAUACGGCAGCCAGCCGGCCUUUGCUUUGUGGCUGAAAUCCAAGGGCUACGGGAUAACCGCUAUCAAUACGUACCCGACCAUCUACGCGGCGAUCGGGGUGUUGUUCACCUACAUAUACGCCUGGACCUCCGACACGGUGUGCAAGGGGGCCCGAUGGCCACCGAUCGUGUUCGCAGGCGUCAUGAACAUCAUACUCAACGCGAGUCUGGCGGCGUGGAAGAUCCCCGACGGCUGGAAGUGGGCCUGCUAUCUCCUAGGGGGCAUAGGAGGAGGCAUCAGCGGACUGACCUUCGCUUGGGCGCACGAAAUCUGCAACGACGACAAUGAGGAGCGGGCAAUAGUGACGGCAACUAUGAAUGAGAUCGCAUAUGUUUUCCAGGCCUGGCUUCCGCUCCUUAUCUGGCAGCAGGUCGACAGCCCGCAAUAUCAGAAGGGUUUUAUCACUAUGGUGGUUGUGGCAGCCGCUAUGAUCAUUACGGCAUUUACGAUCCGCUUUCUACACCACCGCGAGCGUGCCGUGAAGCUACGAGAAGCAGCGAUGGAAUAG